ACUUCUACUAGAGCUGCUGGACAUGGUGGAAGUAGUAAUACGAUGAUGAGACUUUAUACUCAAGAUGAUAACAUUGGUUUGAAAGCUGAACCGGUGGUGGUUUUGGGUCUUUCAGUUGCUUUUGUUGCUUCGGUUGUUUGUCUUCAUUUAGCUGGUAAAUACAUGAGAUGGUUUAUGAAAUAA